AUGAUCGCUCCCAAAAAACGACGAACGGACCUUUGUGUGCCGGAUUAUGUCCGCGAGCGGUGGGGCAGUGGCACGAAAGCGAAGGCUGAAAUGGAGGAUUUGCUCCUCGAGCACAACGGUGACAAGGAAGUCUUCCUCUCUGAGCUGCUGCUGAUCGUGAAGAAGCUUAAGAAGUUUGUCGUCAAGAAGGAUCAGGGAUGGUACACGGAGGCUGAAAUGAAAGCCGACCUCAAAUGGUCUGCGACAAGGGUCGCAGGAGCCAAGAAGGUCUGUGAAGCCGACCCGGCCUUGCACCGGCGGAAUCAAUAUGACGGCCAAUGGGAAUACUAUGUUACCGUUCGAGAGACUGGAGUGCACACUCAGUCGCAUGAAAUUUCCGAAGAGCAGCGGCAAGCUUCGAAGGCUACGAAACCUUUGGAGUUCAAGCCUGACGAGUUCCAAGACCUCGACAAGGUCAUGGCUCGCGGAAGCCAGGCAAACGAUGCUGUUGGCCAAUCGGUCCUGGAGGACCUGCAACAGAACUACACGAAGGACAGCCAGAAGUACCUUGCCUGCCUGUCUGUGGAAGGAUUGGAGGAACAUGUCCGGAAACUUGAGGCUGAGCAUGGGAAACUGACAGAGCAGAUGGCCAGAGGUCGAGCCGUGCCACAGCCUCCGAGCUGCAGGAAUGCCAAGAAGUUCUACGCGAAGAACGACGCGAAACCAGCAGGGGCCGUGUCACCACUGGCGAUGUUUCGGGGAAACGUGAAAACAAUCUGCUGUGCUCGAGUGGUGCUUGUGCGCAAGCUGACCCAGCUGUUGACAUGCAUGCCUUCCCCUCCCUGCACCAGCCCCGUCGCCAAGGCCAGCUGCAAAUCGGUGGUGCGGUCGGCUCGGGCGACUGUUGAAGAAGUGCCAGCGGCAGCUUCAUCUUCCAUAGGGCUUGCUGCUCGUUGCACCGAACACAAUGCUGAGAGAGACUUUCAUAGAAUGACCCAGCGGACUGGGCUCAUGCUUCCAGUGCAGAUCAGCCCUGUCAUGUUGGAUGAAGAAGUUGAUGUGAUAAAGUUAUCUUCUUGGGGCCGGUAUUUUUUGGAUCGGAAUCUCUGGCACACCUUGUGUGGAGUGCAGGAGCCAGAUGAACAAAGGUGUUGUACCAUUUGGGGGAGUUUUUGGGAGAAAUACCGUGCCAUCACUCCUUUGCACCCUGUCUUCAACAAGACUACACAGCAAUUGGAAAGAACCGCUGCGGUCCUCGUCCACGGAGACGAGGGUCGCUCCAAGAAGAAGUACCCUCUGAUGAUUCUCUCGUGCCACAGUGUCUUGGGGAUGGGGAGUGGUGUUGACUCCAAUGUUCAUGAUGUUGAGCCCUACGACAAGCAAGAACUCAACUGGACAGGACACACGGCUGCAACUCGAUGGCUUCUUAGUGUGCUCCCGCGAUCAAUGUACGACGACGAGCGAUCGGACAACUACCAGCUGCUGCUGAAACAUUUGGUCGCCGACAUGAAAGAGCUUUUUGAAACAGGGCUCGUGAAUCCGCUGACUGGCCACACCCACUACUUUUGCGUAAUCAACAUUAUAGGAGAUUGGCCUCUUCUUGGGAAGUCGUUCCUAUGGAACCGGACAUUUGGAAAUUCUGCGAAGAAGGCCACUGCCAAAAAAUCGCCGACAGGCAUCUGUCAUGCCUGUUGGGCUGAUAAGCCCGGGUACCCUUGGGAGGAUUUCGAGUCCCCCGAACCGAGAUGGCGGCAAACCCUGAACCGCGACGAGGCUUACACUACAAAGCCGAUCCUCAUGGAGCUCCCCCACGAUCCUGCAGACCCUGCGGGGUUUGCAGGCCAGGACUACUUUCACGGAUUUCAUCUGGGAGCUGGGAAGAUUUUCGUUUCUUCAGCGCUCGCCCUCCUUUCAAGCAUGUUCCCUGGUGGGAGCUUUCCAGCACGAUUCAAAGCCAUGGAAACCGAUCUAUUUGCGUGGUGUACUACAUACAAGCAGUAUCCAUACAUUCGAAAGUUCAACAGGGAUACCAUCGGCUGGCCCCACGCCACGGAGGCGCCUAUGGGAGGCUGGCACAAAGGCUCUACAACGUUGUGCCUUUUGCGCUGGUUUUUGUUUUGCUGUUCGCAGCGACGUGCCAACAUCGCGAGAGGAUCUCUUUUGUUUCUAACAUGGGAAGCUGCCUGGGAGAUCGACAUGUUCUUCUCAGGCAUCUACAGACAGAAAAUCUGGAUAGAAGCAGAAACUGCGAAAGCUUUGGGAUGUCGGGGCAUGCGUUUUCUUUUACUGAAUGGAAGAUGUGCUCGAGAAGCCUAUCGGCAACGACUACCAUUCUUUCAGUUCAUGCCGAAUUUACACCGACUCCACCAUCUCUUCUUUCAGCUUUUGGAUCAGGCUGCUGUGGCAAAGUUCGUUCUCAACAACAUGAUUUUCUGUUGCCAGGUUGAAGAAGAUUAUAUCGGAAGGCCAAAGUUCGUUUGCAUCAAGAGCAGCUGA